AUGCAGCACGUCACGCUAGAAUCCUUUGACCCAGGACGGUGUCAGCAGGUCUGGCUCCAAUCAGUGGAUGAGAUACGGCCGGGACGCUGGUCGGGUCAGACGCAGAGCUUCUCCUUCUCGAUGCUGGCCGCCGAGGCAUUCCUGCCAGGAAGCCCGCUCUGGCAGGAAAGCCACACACCCUCCAAGCAUGCGCAAGCCACCGAGCAGCAGAACCUGAAGCUCGCCGAGGAGCUUGCCGGCAAGAUGCAGGGCCUGUUGGAGGAGCGAGCGCGGCUCCACCUGGCCCUGCAUACCAUCAAGGAGAUGACCAAUAUGAUGAGCCACGGGGAGACUCGAGCAGCGGACGGGGAGGGGCCUGGCUCCAUCAAGGCUGCCAGGGGGCCGAGCAGCCCCGUGCCCGAGGGUGCGGCGGCGCACCGCCAGCGGCAACCCGGCGCGGCAGCACCGCAGCGAGGGGAGGCUGCGGAGCGGCCCCUGGGCCCCCGGCCGAUGCAGGCCGAAGCACGGGAGCCCCAGGGCAGCCACAGGCCCAGAGCCACGGGCCACCCGGCCCUGUGCCCUGAGGGACGGGCCAAGGCCACGCUCUUCUACUCGCUGAUCAACCCCUUUGAGACCGGGUCCACCCAGGGUGCUGCCACGCCCCGGUCGGAGCUGGAGCCUGCCAUGAUUCGGGUCGCAGUGGCUGGGACGCAUGUGGUCGACUACGUGGGCUCCAGGCCAGACGCUACCACAGAGGCUGCGAUGGAUCGGAUUCUGGACCAGCCCCUGCCCACCUGGGAUCCAGAGGUGGGCCGCUUGGCGGGGCUGGUCACCCCGCCCCGCACCGGCGGGCACCCCAGCACGGCCGGCGCCUCGGCGCCGGCCAGCGUCGUCUCGGGCCCACCCUCGCCCUGCGCCGACACCUCGGGCUGGGCCGUGGGCUCGCUGUCCUUGCCGCCCUCCACCCACGUAACGCCGUCCGUCCCCGAGUCAAGCCGCGUGCACAAGGGUGGUCCCAGGCCCCGCCGGGGCGUGGACCUGAUGCCGACGACGGCCGCCGUGGCCGCCAUGGAGCGCGACAGCCCCAUCCAGGCCAACGCCGUGGCGCAGCUCAUGUCGGACCAGGUGUCCAUGCGCUCCUCCAUGCCCGACGGCGCCUGGGCGCGUCCGGUGCGGGAUCUGCUGAAGCAGCAAGACCCCUCGCGCCGGCCACUGUGGAGCAGCACCCCCGUCUUUUCCGCUCGCCAGUUCCACGGCCUGAACCCCAAACGAGGCGACUUUCUCUCCCGUCGUGUGCCCGAUUCGGCAGACCUCUUCCUCUGA